UCCUACUCCCCCUUUCUGCUUUUCCUCUCCUUCGUCGGGUAUUUAAAGAGGUCGCGAGGCCUUCCUGGGCACCAGAAACCGACCGAGCGUUUCCACGUCGACAUUACAAAGCACCAUGAGAGCCGUCAUUUUCGCCUCCCUCCUCGCCGUGACCUUGGCUGCCAAGCUGCCGGGAGAAGCCGUGACCCCACCGGUGCCCAUCGUUAGCCAGAACCAGGUCAACCCAGUCAACGGCGCCCACAACUUCGAAUUCGAGUCUGGAAACGGGAUACAGUUCACCGAAUCAGGGUCGGAGGGAGCUGCCGGGGGUGCCAGCCGUAUCGGGUCAUUCAGCUUCCCGAUGGAAGAUGGCUCCGUCGCUUCAGUGAGCUUCGUGGCCGAUGAGAACGGAUUCCAGCCCGAGUCCUCGUUGCUGCCAGUGGCUCCUGCCUUCCCCCACCCCAUCCCACAGUUUGUCCUCGAACAGAUCGAGUUCGCCCGUCUCGAGGACGAGCGCAAGGCACGCGAGGGAAAGACAACCGUCUAAAAAAAACUUUCAAAAUUGUCUAAAUUGACUGAAUUGUCCAAAGUCCAUCUUUUAUGUCCUGGAAAUUCUAAGAUCAUCUUCGCGAAUGUUUAAGAAAUGUCUUGAUAUAUUUCAAAGAUAUUCUGCUAAGUCUUUGUAUAACGUUCUUUCGAGAUAUUGCUUAAGAAUAUUCUUAAAACAUUUAUGAAGAUCUCUCUGACUCUUUAAGAUAUUUCGUGCUAUUAACUUGAGAGGCAAUCAAAGAUAUUCUCUUUGAUGCCUAAAAUACUCGUUUUCUCUAAUCUUAUGAUUGCUUUACCAUCUAAAUUUACAAUCAGGUAACCCUGAAGGAGACAGGGUGGCCACCCUGUCUCCUUCACCUAGUCUAGCCAGGUACACAAGAUCAGUUUCUCGAAGAAACUCUUAUUUUUUAUUCUUCUCUCACUCUUUCCAAUUCCCGGACUUUGGAUCAAUUCAUCUCAAAGUCUUCCAAGUGAUUCAUGAGGUAGCCCACCACAGCAGUGAAUAACUGUCUUAUACAUUCAUUUUCCUGGUGUUCAUUCGUAUGUCAUUGACGAUAACGUGUUUGAAUGCUUCUGUAUUUAUUGAGAUGCUGAUUACUGAAUAAAUUAUUUACGAGAA